AUGAGAGUUCCGAGGUUCUCGGCUGUGGUCACCCACCUCCCUCUCGUCUGUGCCUGGAGACUGUUUAACUCUGAACCCGCAGCCAAGCAGCCCGUCGUACCGAACCAGAUCCUCGAUGCAAUCGAUAGCUCGUCUUUCGUUCCAAACGUUUCUCUCAACGUUGCCGGCAUUAAGCUCUAUCCUGCUGCUCCGAAUGAUGGAAAAUGGAUCUUCACUGUCGCCAAUGGCGACAUCUGUUCCUUGCAGUACGGUUCUGUGUGCUGCAACAGUGAUUGCAUUGAUGUUCCAGACACGACGUCGAAGGUUCGUCUCGGAAACACUGAGGUCUCCUUCGAGCCACUCCCAGCGCAAUCUUUUCCGGGCACCGAGACAAUCAAUCUAGCCUCUUUCCAAAGCCUGCUCGGCGAUUUCAACUCGGACAUCCUUGACAAUCUCAAUAAGGCGGUAGCCAAGAUGUUCGACUUCGCCCUUUCCGUCAUUGCCCGCUCUGCUUCGGAGGACCAAUCUCGGAAUGGCACAAAGCAGCUGGACCACGCGGAUGCUCUUUCGGAGGCCAUCGCCGCUAUCGAUCGGAUUCUCCCCGCAGGUGACCAGACCACUCCUGCUGGCUCCAAGUCUCUCCCUCGAUGGGAUCAGCUCAUGGAUCGACUGAUCCUUCAAAUGGGCCAACGAAACAAGAAGAGAUCUUCUAAUUCUCCUAGCCUGUUCAACCCAUCUGCUGUCCGUGCCAUGACAAACCGCUUGCAGUGGUUCAAAUCGCUAGAUACUCAUCUAACCACCAGAGACGUCAGCGGUCCCUCUAAAGAUCUCCAGGUCGCGGCCGGCCUGGUCCUGUACGACCUUGGAGCCGAUGCUGAGUUUUUGGGGCCUCCCAUUUCUCAAUUCAAUUUAACCAGCCAGGGAUCCAUCCUUACCGGCAUGGAAGCUUUUGCCAACCAGACGGAUUUUCACAACAGGUUGUCGUCCAAUGAUAAUGUCACGACGCAGCAUCUCGGCCGAGACAUGCGAUCGUCCCUCAUCGUCUUGGAAGACGAUACUUCCCCAGCCCUCGUAAACACAUUUUACCACACUCUUGAUCGCGCUAAUGGUCGUCAAUACGAUGGUGUCAUGGGGUAUUUAUACCACACGAACCUCUCGCGUCGCCAUCGGGCCCUGGUAAGGAACAUGGGUUCAGUUUCCCACAUCUACGAACAGGAGCUGGCAGAGGACGUCAUUCCAAUCCGAAAAUACCCCCUUCCUCCGGGUGAAAAAUUUACCACAACUAAGCCUGGCAAGAAAUCCCGCCCCAAGGCGCCUCGUGGAAAGCCCGAUCGCCAAGGACCUCCCCGCAACCGGAAGUUAAAGUCUCGGAUGCCCCCUGAUCCUUUGGAGCCUCAACCCGACGACGAGAACGAAGUUGCAACGCAGCUCGAGGCCCCGAUACAGUUGAGAAGAGUCUCCGAGAAGCGCGGGGGGCCACCGGUCAAUGAGCAGGACUACAAAUUCCACGAGUCUGCUGGCGGCGAUGAUAUCAUUGUUUUUGUUGCGGAUAGCGGCCUCGCCCAUGACAAACUCAGGGUUCGAGAAGAGCUUGACCUCCCGAACACUGGCUACGAAACCUACAUCUGGGAGACGCCUCUCGAAGGGUGUGUGCCUCCUGACGUGAAUCCAGCUCACAUCGUCAAUGCCCCCGAUGUGUGUCUAAACUACCAGAACGAAGGCCACGGCACCCCCGCCGCAGCACUUGCAGUCGGUUCCGAGUUCGGCAUCGCAAAGAAGUCGACCAUCUUCAGCCUCAAGGUGAUGUGUGCGUGGUACGAACCAGAGGAGCAUAAUGAGGACCUGGUUGUUAUGCAGGCGACUACCCCAACUGCUAUGCUCCUUGCAUUUCAACGAAUCGGUGAGAUUGUUCGGGGGAACAAUCUUGCAGCCAAGGCCGUUGUCGUUUUGCCACAGGCGAUCACCGCCGAGCCCGGUACCCAGUACGAUCGAAACCUCGAAACUGCGUGGCGGAGGAUCCUCACAAUGACCCGCGAAGAAGGCAUUGUCGUCGUCGGCACUCCUGGCAGUUUCGCCGUUGAAUGGGUUCUUGGCGAGAACGGAAAUUGCGUCUGGAGCGAUGUCCCAAAAGCUACUUGGAACCGAUAUCCCGAGAUCAUGCAGGUACAGUUCCCGGAGAUCGUCAUCGGGGCAUCUACCACUCCCAGAGGGGCUUUCGCUCACCUGAACUCUCCGCACAUGAGGGAAUGGUCGGGAGAGUGGGUGUAUGCUCAGGGAUGGGGCAUCCUGUCGAUGGAUGCGGACGGGGAUGAUAAGCUUCUCGAGGGGGACGGGUUCGGUGCCCCUAUAGUGGCCGGCUUAGCAGCAUACUUCCUUGGACACCCGAGCUAUCGUUCCCACAUUUGGGAUGGUAUAAACAAGCAAGUCGUUGCCCCCAGAAUCAAGAGGCUCCUGAGGCUGGCGGCCUGGGAACGCCUCCCCAACGGCGACCUUAAAACUCGACUUGGCUUCGUCGGACCCGUCGGACAAUGCAACAAUCUAGAUGAGAUGUACGACACGUACCCCUACGAUGUCCCUGAGUGGAUUCCAAUGGUGUAUAAUGGCGUCCACGGUUACCAGGGCGACUGUAUCAGGGAAACCACCCGCAGGGCUAAACGCAGCCCCCAGGACGAGGGCGAAGUUCCCGACCCGAAUGAUCCCUUCGGCGGCGACGACCUCGUUUGCAAGAGACGACCGGGUAACGCCACGGCCACGACUACGUCGACGGCUCCCUUGCCGCCCAGCACGCAGCUCCCCGACUGGGAAGACAUCGGAUGCUUCGAUAACACCGCGGAGGGGCUCGACGCUGUCCAGGGGCAACCCAUCAAUGACCCCCAGCUGAGCUUGGAAGGGUGCGCGCGACAUUGCCCUUGCGCUAACAUGUUUGGUGUGCGAAAUGGCAAUGAGUGUUUCUGCAUCCAGGAGCAGAUUCAUAUCGUAGCUGGUGUCGUGGAUGGAGCGCAGUGUAAUGUUCCUUGCGGUGGGAAUGGGCAGCAGAUGUGUGGUGGGCAGUCUGCGACGAGGCUGUAUCUGAAUCUCGUGGGGUUUACGGCGGAGGACCAGGCCGAGGAGAGAUGUAAGGCCGGAUAG